AUGAGUCGUAUUGAAAAGGCUGCCUGGGAUGCCUACUAUGACGUUAACCUCUUUUUCGCCAAAGUAAUCAUUCCACAGCUUCAUGACGGGGAUUCCAUCUGGAUUCACGAUUACCACUUGAUGCUCCUUCCGCAGUUCCUUCGCGAAGGUACACGACAGUCAGGUGUUGAAGUCAAAAUCGGAUUCUUCCUACAUACCCCUUUCCCAAGUAGUGAAGUCUAUAGAAUCCUACCGAUGAGGAAACAGAUCCUCACAGGCUUGUUACAUUGCGAUCUUGUUGGGUUUCACACCACCAGUUACGCAAGGCAUUUCCUGAACAGUUGCUCUGAAAUCUUGGAAACUCCUACUUGCGCGGGCUACGUGCAGUUUCACGAAGCGAGUGUAACUGUGGAUGCCUUCCCAAUCGGUAUUCAACCUGAGCGCUUCGCAGAAACACUCCAAAAAGGAAACGUCCAAGAUCGAAUCCGGAUGCUUUCACAGAGAUACCAAGGGGCGAGAUUGAUAGUCAGUGUCGACCGUUUGGACUAUAUCAAAGGCGUGCCACAGAAACUGCGCGCGUUGGAAACCUUCUUGAGUCGCUAUCCUGAAUGGGUUGGGAAGCUCGUUUUGAUGCAAGUUGCUGUGCCAACGAGAGAAGAUGUUAGAGAGUAUCAGAGUCUCCAGACAGAAGUCAAUGAACUAGUAGGCAGGUUAAAUGGAAACUAUGGCUCAAUUGAAUUUUCGCCAGUCAACUUUCUAUACAGUUCACUUGAUUUCGAGGAGAUCGUGGCACUCUAUGCCGUCUCAGAUGUCUGCCUAGUCUCAUCUACACGUGACGUACUAUCUGAAUUUGCUGGUGCGGCGGAGGUCCUCGACGGAAGUAUUAUCUUUAAUCCAUGGGAUAUUGACGAAUCUGUUGAUGCUAUUCAUAUAGCACUUACUAUGGGAGAGAAAGAAAGAGCCGAAAACUAUAAGAGGCUAGAAGAGUAUGUAAUGCGAAACACUAGUGCAAAUUGGGGCAAAAGGUUUACAGAUUGCCUCAAGAAAGCAUGA